AUGACCCUCUCUCUGUCUCUGUCUCUACAACACGCCCACACUCUUUGGCUCCUCUGGCCAAUGCCUCAUCUCGGACCUCAAACGCAACCGCAAGACGAGCCAAUGUUACAGGUUAAGCACCCUUCGGCUCCAACCGGAGUCUGUGGCGCUGCAAGACGGAGGCAACUCAAAUUUUGGGUUCCCUCUUCUCGAUCUGUAACCAGGUGUCUGGUCGUCCGUCUGUCCUUGGAGGCGGCCCGGUCCCCUCUUUCUCCGCCACAGAUUCCAAGCAGCUGGCUCAAUAACCGUCAACCUGGAUAUGCGUCCCAGUCAGUCAGUCGUUAUUCAGCCUUCCAGCCAGUGACCGCUCCCACUUCCACCUCCACAGAGCAACAGAUAGCGGUGCGUUUAGAGGGAUCUGCCAUCCCUUGCCUUGACGCCCCAAACCCGACGCCAUCAACUGGUUUAGACUCCUCGGCUUCUGUCCCCCUUGUCCCCGUCUCCAUCCGUCGCCGUAGACUGGUUCAACGUCCUAGAACUUGCAGAGGAGAGGGUGCCUCUACGGUAGUGCGUGCCAAAAUGUCCCUCUAA